AUGAAUACGGAAAAUUUACUAGCUUUCAACAGUGAAGCGCUGAGUCACCAAGGCAGCAGCAAAGACGCAGCUGCUUCGUAUAUAAAAGCCGACUCAACAUCCAGUCACCACACGACUUCACACCCUGUAGAAGUUCCAGUGUCACUCUUGGUUCGAAUCGCUAUCAUCAUGAAGGAGCUGUUGAUGCUGUUCGCGCUCGCGGCCGCCAUGGUGGCGGUUCAGGCUUCCAGGGGAAGAGGUGAAUGCCACGAGGUGAUAUACGAGCUGAUGCAUAAGGAAAACAUGACAGAAAUCAUAGGAAGCUGUAUGGAGGAAAAUGGAAUCGUCCUGAACCUAAACCGGCCUGGUCGACGACCCAGCGGCCGCAGAGGACGUAACAGGGGAAAGAGAAGUCCUCGUAUGAUGCGGUUAAUUUCACGCCUUCCUCAAGAAGAUCAGACAGCCCUAGCCGAGUGUAUCUUCGAGGAGAAAGACCUUCUCACAGAUGAUGGUUUGUUCGAUGCGACGGCGUUCACAGAAGACGUGAUCGACAAGUUAGAAGAAAUAGAGGAUUCUCCGGAAGCAGAUGCUAUUUUGGCUGCCAUUGAGGACGGCACUUGUGUAGUCGAGGAGAGCGAACCUGACUUGACGGUGGUCUUCGAUUUCAUAAAGUGCCUCAAAGAGGAGUGUAAAGACGUAACCGACCCAUCAUCUGAAGAAGCAUAACAAUGAACACGGAAAGUGCAAAGCAACGGUUACCGGAAAUCCGAUCUACGCUCC